GGGAUAUUAAAAAUCCACUCACCAGCAGCACUACCUACAAAAACCAAUUCUCUUCCAUUUUUCUUCUCCAACCCCAACCAAUUUUGGUGACUUUCUGCAAAGACAGCAAAAUUAUUAUCAGGGCUCUGUUCAAAAUCCAGUCUUUUAUAAAUUUUUCUUAAAAUAUCUCCAAGAAUGGGGAAUAUAAUGUGUAUGAGCAAGAAAGACGGCAAGAAUGGUGUGGUUGGAUUAAAGAGUAAAAGAGGGUCGAUGUCAAAGAGAAAGGGUUUAACCGAGGAAGAGGUACUCCACAGGCAAGCUCUGGCUAUGGCGAUUAAGGAGCAUAGUCAGCUUUCUCAAAGAUUUGAUAGUAAGAACAAUGGUUCGAUGUCGAGGCGCGUCGGGUCCACGAGCUCUCGCCGCCGCCCAACUGAUUUGUCUGACCCGCUUUCUAAUGCCAACUCCAAAAAGUUGGAAAAUUUGGAGAAUAUCAAGACAAAGAAAUUUGUAUUGGUUCAUGGAGGAGGAUUUGGGGCUUGGUGUUGGUAUAAAAUUAUUGCACUACUUGAGGAAUCUGGAUUAGUCCCAAUUGCUUUGGAUCUUGCUGCCUCUGGUAUUGAUACCACACAUUCAAACAAUGUAGCUACUCUUGCAGACUAUGCAAAACCUUUGAUCGAUUUUCUUCAAAAUUUACCGAUCGAUGAACAGGUAAUAUUGGUGGGUCAUAGUAGUGGAGGUGCUUGCAUUUCUUAUGCAUUAGAGCAUCUGCCUGAGAAGAUCUUGAAAGCUGUUUACCUUUGUGCUACUAUGAUAGCUGAUGGGGAGAGGUCUUUGGAUGUUUUUGCUCAAAAAGAGCUUGGCUACGAACAACUUUUCUCGGCCCAAUCGAAGUCUCUAAUUUAUGGCAAUGGAAAAGACAAUCCUCCAACGGGGCUCAUGUUUGAGAAGAACAUCAUGCGUGGUUUAUAUUUCAAUCAGUCCCCUGCAAAGGAUAUUGCUCUAGCAAUGGUGUCAAUGAAGCCCAUUCCACUUGGCCCAAUAAUGGAGAAAAUGUCUUUAUCAGCAAAAAAAUACGGAUCCGGGCACCGUUAUUACAUCCAAACGCUGGACGAUAAUGCCCUUUUGCCGGAGGUCCAAGAGAGGCUCGUCCGGGAAAACCCACCUCAACGAGUCUUCAACAUCAAAGGCAGCGACCAUUGCCCUUUCUUCUCAAAGCCUCAAUCGCUGCAUAAGAUACUGAUCGAAAUUGCACAAAUUCCAUAGGACAGACUUCUCUUAUACAAACUUGUGAUUCUCAGCAUCAACAGAUUCUUUUCUUUAGUCAAAUACAGUAUACAACAAUAUGCAAGCCAUCAGUUUACCUUAGACCUGAUUGGAAUUAUAGUUUUUAACUUUGGUGAUAUAUGUGUAACUUUAUGUAUUUUCAUUUUCUGAUUAUACAACUUGAAUACAAAACAAUGUUUAUAAGCACUAAAGACGGAAUCAUUACAAAUUUG